GUUGGCCAUCCCUGGCUUGAAGUUAAACAAUGACAUCAUCACUAUAAGAACCUAGACUAUGAUACAUAGCGCGUACUAGAACUUCUCCAUUAUCGAAUAUGUGCCGAGUCAACUACCAAGUCCGGAUUCUUGCAAGCAAACUUUUUGGACCGCGUCGCGGCUAUUUUUCCUUAGACUAGGAUGUCGGAUGAGGCUCCUUCUCAAUUGUACGACUUACAUCGACCAGCGACAGAGACUCCUCACCAGCAGUCACAGCAGCAACCCAAACAUCAAGAUGAUGGAGAACCCAGUCGCCGUCGUUCUAGUUCCGAUCCUACCGGCCGGGGUCGUCAGCGACCAGGCUUGGCCAUAAUACGCCCUCGCAGAGGAACCGAUGGUUCCGGUAUGCCCCCGAUCCCCGAAAAUACGAGACCGGCCAGUACCGCUCUCUUUCACGGUCCAAAUAGGCGUACAAACCUAGAUCAGAAUCUGGCCGACAUACUUGACGUUAUUGAUCCCGAAGUAUCCACGUUGAAUAAUGUUACCAACAUCCAGAACUCUCUUUUCAUACCAUCACUUGGCAGAUGGGUCAACCGACGCCCGACAUAUCAGCUUUCUAUGGCACCUCGGGAGCCUCGGGAACCUGACAUUCGGGAAGAACCGAUCGAAGAAGAAGAUUUCAACUUCGAACAUGCCGUUCUACCGGAUGGCGUAUUCCUGGAAGGUUGGACCGAUGAAGAGAAGGCGGAACUGAACGAUUACGUGCGUCACAUGCUGCAUUCACGGCGGUCCAAGUUCAAACGCAGCAUGAAGGCAUUCGGUCAAUACGUCAGCAAACCGCUCGGUUUUUUUGUGACGCUAUAUGCAACGCUCAUCACCCUUUUCGGCCUGGCUUGGGUGCUGUUCUUGAUUGGUUGGAUUUACGUUGGCGAAGAACAGGUUUACGCCAUUAACGUCAUCGACUAUGUCUUAGUCGCCCUCUUUGGUGUCGUCGGUGAUGGCUUGGCGCCAUUUCGCGCAGUUGAUACCUAUCACAUGAUCUAUAUCGCACACUAUCACCGGUUGACGUGGAAAUUGCGCAGGAAGAAGCGCAUGGGGAAACUUCGCGACAAGAAUGAUUUGCCGACGAACGCAGACCUCGAGGCGGCACGGGACGAGAUUUCGGUUUUAACCCCACAGCAACAAGCGAGGCUCGUGCACCACCAGACCAAAUUCGCCAAGUCGCACACCUUCUACAAGCCGCACGAGACCAAAACGCACUACGCUUUCCCCUUGAAUUGGCUGGUCGCGAUCGUGACACUGCUGGACCUUCACUCGUGCCUCCAGAUCUCUCUGGGCGCUACGACGUGGGGCAUCGAUUAUAAUACGCGGCCGAUGGCGUUGACGGCGACGAUCCUAAGCUGUUCUAUCACGGUCAAUAUUACAGCGGGGAUUUUGAUUAGCAUCGGCGGGAGGCGUACGCGGAAGAAGGAUGUGGUGGAGCGCAUGUUCCGGCAAGAUCUGACACGUGAGGCGUUCGACAAGAUUCGCGAGAAGGGAAAGAAGCAAGGUGACACCGGGAAGCAGCUCAAAGCGGAGCGGGCUCUCGAAAAAGCUCGGAAGAGCGAGGCGAACGACGACAAGCCUACUGAUGCCGAGAUACGGGGCGUCCCGAUAGAAGAUAAUAACGAUGUUGAGAAAAAGGAUAUGUACCCGAACGGGCAAUGAUAUUAGAAUAUACGCGAGCUAAUGUCUAAUGACCUGGUCUUUGGGUAUGGGUGUUUUUUUGGUUUUUUAGAUAUAUGGAAUAGAGGUUAAUCUGUUGGUUGUCAAGUUUGCAUGGUUAUGAAGUCUCCAGGUACCUAUGAAUAGGGGGUUCUGGGGUUUAGCUGCAUACCCCUAAUUAGCUAAGCAAGAAUAGAUGUCUGCAUUGCCAAGGGCUGCAAGGGCCAGUUUUCAUUGUAACAUCAACUUUUCAUCAUUCUUAUCUCUCUUGUGAG